GGGAAAAAAUGACAGGGGUCAAUUAAUUGGGGGGGGUCACAAGAUAUCUGGACCACCAUAUAGAAUCUCAACCUGUCCUGACAAGUCUAUCACUGGAAAAAUAAAUACUGUAAGGACAAUUCGCCUCCCCUCACAAAAAAAUAAAAGUAAUUUAUAACACAUCCCAUCAACCACGUGGGCCGCCUGGGAAUGCAUACUUUCAGCUGCGUAGCUUCAACACAACUGUGGGCCAUAUUCUUAGCUCUUUCGGUAAAGUCACGUUGAAGGGAAACAAUAAAAUAAUACCGAAAGAGCUAAGAUUAUGAAUUACUGCAGUCACGAAAGCUUUAAAUCAAAACUGUGGGCCUAGUUUCAACAUUCAACGUCUCAUCAGCAAUGCAGGCUUUGCGUGCCACAAAUUGCUGAACUGCCAGUUGUUUAUUAUAGACAUCGACCUUCUCUUUGGCCCUGAAUCAGAAUCUUUAGCGACACUGGAGGAAUCCGAUGAGCUAUGAAGCUCUUGCAAUCCACACACACACACAACACACACAGAUGCCCAGCACGGUUAAAGGUAGGUGCACGGCUUGUUGGAUAACAAGCGAGCCCCAUUAUGAGCUCACAGCACCUCAAACAGAGGGGGGCCAGGUUCAGCUGGUCGCUGGGUUCACACCUCGAGAAUCCCAGGUGGCACCAAACAACGUUCUCUCUCUCUCUGCCUUGGUGAUUCAUCCCCCCAGGUGGAUGAUUUAUCCCCCCCAGGUGGAUGAUGAACACAGUCGUUGACAGGGGGGGCGGUGGCCAAGGCAGGAGGAGUAUUUGCGUCCAGCCGUAUCCGGCGAGGAACACGGAGAGGACCUUGUGUGUCUCACACACACAUACACACCGGCUAGGCGCUGAGCCAGAGAGAACAACAACAACACCAACAACGGCGGCGGCGGUGUUCGUCGUCCUUGUCGCUUCUCUCCGCACACGCGGGGCGGGCAAGGCGCUAACCACAGCAGGAAGGGCUACUGAAGAGGAGAAGGGAUCGUGGCACCGGCAAUGAAGGCCAAGGCGGUCAUCCUGGCGUCCCGACCCGGUGCCGACGGGGAACCCAGGAUGGAGAAUUUCAAGGUGCAGGAGCAAGAGGUGGUGGAGGAGCCCCCCGAAGGGCACGUUGUGCUGAAGACAAUCUACCUCUCUGUGGACCCUUACAUGCGCUGCCGCAUGAACGAGGACCCAGGUACCGACUACUUGUCGGCGUGGACGGUGGGUGGCGUGGCGGAGGGCGGCGGCGUGGGCGUGGUGCUCUCCUCCCGCGGCGAGGGCCUCAGCCCCGGGGACGUGGUCACCAGCUUCUCCUGGCCCUGGCAGACGCACGCCGUGCUGCCCGCGAGUGGCCUGCAGAAGCUGGCUCCAGCGUGGCUGGCGGAGCGGCCCUCGCUGGCGCUGGGCGCCGUGGGGAUGCCGGGGCUCACGGCGCUGCUGGGGCUGCGUACGGGGGGCCACAUCGAGCCACGCGGCGGGCAGGCCCUGGUGGUGAGCGGUGCGGCCGGGGCCUGUGGGCAUCUGGUCGGGCAGAUCGCACGGCUGGAGGGCUGCAGCAAGGUGGUGGGGGUGUGCGGCUCGGCCACCAAGUGCCGCGUGCUCACCGCCGAGCUGGGCUUUGAUGCGGCGGUUGACUACCGCGCGGAGGACCUGGCUGGGCAGCUGCGCUCGGCGUGCCCCAAGGGGGUCGACCUCUACUUCGACAACGUCGGGGGGCCGCUCAGCGACGCCGUCAUCGAGCAGAUGAAUGUGGGGGGCCACGUGGUGCUGUGUGGGCAGAUCUCCCAGUACAACAAGGACGUGCCCUACCCGCCUCCUCUCCCACUGCACACACAGACCGUGCUGCAGGAACGCAACAUCAGCAGGGACCGCUUCCUCGUGCUCAACUACCCGGACAAGCACGCCGAGGGUCUGCAGCAGCUCGCCAGCUGGGUACAGAGCGGUCAGCUCAAGGUGAAAGAGACAAUCAUGGACGGGAUAGAAAACGUUGGAGCUGCCUUCGUGUCCAUGAUGCAGGGCGGCAACAUUGGCAAGCAGCUGGUGCUCGUGAGCCCCCUGUAACGGUGCCCCCUGCCACAGCCCGAGGGUGGCAGGAACGGCGGGGGGGGGGGGCUGGUGCAACCGUGGCCGCGCGAUCUGCCAGCGCAUGCCGAACCCCGUAUCCAAGUCAAGAUAUGUCUGGCUUGUCCGGGGCACACGCAGCAUCACAUCGUGCGGUAGUGGCAACUGCUCGCCAAUGGCACGCUGCCCAAUGGUUUCAAAAAAAAUGUUUUGCCAACGGUAGGCCAUUGUGUGGGCAAAGAGCACCGCCACUUGCAGAACAGGCGGUUUCGCUCGGUUUUUUUGUAGAAACAAAGGGAGGCCCCCUCUGUAGAGAAGCUUUAGCGUAGUGGAGUACAGGCAAGCCACAAUGGGAUUGUUGAGCAUCAACGUCACAGUGCCUACGCAUUGGUCAUGUGGCAGUGUAUUGAGUCAAAUAGAAAUGGGUAAUUAUGCUCGCAAUGUGUGCUAAGAAUUGCGCUUGUGGCAAUCGAUUAUUCAAGCGUUCUAAUUUGACAAAUCAGUGGCAAAAUCGAUUCUUAAAUUGAAUCGCAUCCCCAAAUUGAAGUUGCAUGGCGUUGUUACAUGCAUUAGUACGCGUAACGAUUGUAGCACUUUCAUCCCCUCUUAUAGUUUGCGAGAAUUAAUAAAUUGGCUGUCACGCCAUCUGCCAUGUAAACGUUCAUGGUGGAUCACCGAUCCAUAAUUGGAACCCUGCAGGCAGAAAGCUGUGUCUUGCUUGUAGCUUGCAGCUAUUGCCUUGUGAACUAAUUGUUGGUACUGCAGCUUGAUGUGGUAGUAUUGAACUGCUGGUCAUCAUCAAUUUCAACGGUCAGUUUGGUGGCUCACACAAGGAUGAUGAUGAUUGUUGUUAUUUAUAGCCACUUUCUAUGUAAUGAGAUGGUGCCUCGAGGUGGCACUACACCCAAGUAGGUUUUCACGGAGCAUUAUUGCGUUUGCAUAUAUUUCUCCAAGUUUAUAUAAACAUUUCUCCAGGCUCUUUUUCCACUUGUAUAUCUAAUGUAAGAAUUGGCCAAAUAUCUCAUAGGACAAUAAUAAAAAGGUCUUCAUGCUCCUAAAGAGUUUAAAAGUGCCUCUUUUUUUCAUCAAGGCACAGCAAAGUUUUAAAUCAAAGUGUCUCCCUGGUGUAGUGCAUCCAUCGGUGGCUUUGAACCGUGGAUGGAAAUUCAAACUCGGUUAAGGCUGGGGCCAGUGUCUCCACUGGACAACCACUUGACUGCCAACCAAAUGGUAGUGAGAGAGUUAAUGGGCUAAGAUGAGCCCUGACUAUUACCACAGCAGAUUUCACACUACUGCAGUCGUCUCGUAAAUGAUUAAACAUUAUGGGUAGUUGCUAGCCAUCUAACAUAUUUGACCUUUCCCCCCCCCCACUCUUUACGCACUCAGUUUCUGCUCUUGAAAUAGCAAUCCGAAAUAAUCAAAUAAAUGACCGAAACAAUGACGUGCAAACCACUCUGCACCACCCACUACAUAGGCAUAUAAAACGCAUUUUAUUGCCGAGCCGUUGAUGGAAUAGUUUUGAGAAUAUACAUUAAACACAAAAUGUUACACGUUGUA